UUAUCAUCAUCAUCAUCAUCAUCAUCAUCUUCUCUUAUCUUGUAGCCAAUAUUAUUAUAGAAGAGGUCACAGAGUGUCCCUGGAAGCUCUCUGUUUGUGUCUGCCAUGGCUUUCUCUCCUAAACUCUUUCAAACCUCUAUCCCACGUUUCUCUUACUCCCCACAGAUCUUGACAAGAAACCCUCUUCUUGUUCCGUCCAUUAGAGCUGUAAAAGCUUCAGAUCAACAACCAGAUAAUAAGGACAAGCUCACUCAGCCAAAACCCCAGGACUCUUCCAAUGCUCAACCUACUACUACUCCUCCCAGGCCUAAAAAGCCUGUUUAUUCAAUGAAGAAAGGUCAAAUUGUGCGAGUAGAUAAAGAGAAGUAUCUUAAUAGUAUUAAUUAUCUAUCUGUUGGCCAUCCGCCUUAUUACAAAGGCUUGGACUAUAUUUAUGAAGACCGUGGUGAGGUCUUGGAUUUACGGAUCUUUGAAACUGGAGAGUAUGCAUUGAUUGCAUGGGUUGGAAUCCCAACAGCACCAGCUUGGCUUCCCACAGAUAUGCUUAUUAAGGUACAUUUCAACUAUGUGGUAACCAACAGCUUAGUUGCUUGGGCUCGUAUCACUGACAAAUACAGUUGUACAGUCAGAGAAACUUGAUUAUGAGAGACUCUGAAUAUAGGCUCCAAAAUGAGAAGCUCAAUUUACUAAUCAAGGAUAUCCUUCUUUUAUUUUUUUCUUCCCAUUCUGUGGAGAAGUAUAUAUAUAGAAUGUCUCCAUUCCUACUAAUUUUGUAAUCCAACUGCUACCGUAUCUGUGUCAAAAGUGGUCUAAUUCAUUUUUAUUUGAUCCAUUACUUGAGAUAUAUCUAUACUAUAAGCUUAGUUUGAUA